GUCCUCCGCGCGACCAAAGACGCCAGGGACUCACGUGAAGCGGCACGCACGUCGCUUCCCUUCCGUUUCCCUCCCUCCCUCUGGGCUCUAGGGCCACUGCGCUCCUCAGGAACGGCGGCGCCAUGAAGGAGACGCCGUUAUCUAACUGUGAGAGGCGCUUCUUGCUCCGAGCCAUCGAAGAAAAGAAGCGCCUCGAUGGUAGACAAACUUAUGACUACAGAAACAUCAAAAUUUCAUUUGGAACAGACUAUGGCUGCUGCAUUGUGGAACUGGGGAAAACAAGAGUUCUUGGGCAAGUUUCCUGUGAACUUGUUUCUCCAAAGCCCAAUCGGGCAACAGAAGGUAUUCUUUUCUUUAACCUUGAACUCUCUCAGAUGGCCGCUCCAGCUUUUGAACCCGGCAGGCAGUCAGAUCUCUUGGUGAAGUUGAAUCGACUUUUGGAAAGAUGUCUAAGAAAUUCAAAGUGUAUAGACACUGAAUCUCUCUGUGUUGUUGCUGGCGAAAAGGUCUGGCAGAUCCGCGUGGAUCUCCAUCUGUUAAAUCACGAUGGAAACAUUAUUGAUGCUGCCAGCAUUGCUGCAAUCGUGGCCUUGUGUCACUUCAGGAGACCGGACGUGUCUGUCCAAGGUGAUGAGAUCACUCUGUACACACUGGAAGAGCGGGAUCCUGUGCCUCUGAGUAUCCACCACAUGCCCAUCUGUGUCAGUUUUGCCUUCUUCCAGCAAGGGACUUACUUAUUGGUGGAUCCCAAUGAGCGAGAGGAGCGUGUCAUGGAUGGCCUGCUUGUGAUUGCCAUGAACAAACACCGUGAAAUUUGUACCAUCCAGUCUAGCGGGGGGAUCAUGCUGCUCCAAGAUCAGGUUCUGAGAUGUAGCAAAAUUGCUGGUGUGAAGGUGGCAGAGAUCACGGAACUCAUACAGAAAGCCUUGGAGAAUGACAAGAGAGUGAGGAAAGAAGGUGGCAAGUUUGGCUUUGCAGAAUCAAUAGCAAACCAAAGAAUCACCGCUUUCAAAAUGGAAAAAGCUCCUGUUGAUACCUCAGAUGUAGAAGAGAAAGCAGAAGAAAUCAUCGCCGAAGCGGACCCUCCCUCAGAGGCUGUUUCUAAACCGGUGCUAUGGACUCCUGGCACUGCCCAGAUCGGAGAAGGGAUAGAGAGUUCCUGGGGUGAUCUGGAAGAGGAAGAGGAAGAGGAGGAAGGUGGCAGUGAUGACGUCACCAUUCUUGACGGUGUCAAGAUGGAAACAGAAGAGCAGAAUGUCGGAAACCACAUCAGCGAUGAUACUCCUAUCGUUCUGUCAGAUAGUGAAGAAGAUGAAAUCAUCAUUUUAGAACCAGGAGAAAAUCCAAAGAAAACAAGAAUACAGGCCGAUGCCAAAGAGGAAAAAGUCUCAAGUAAAAAAGCAAUUAGAAGGAAAAAGAAGAAGUCGGCUGCCAACUAAAACUUUUAAAAGACACGAUUGGAAGAUACCUUUAGGACUGUUGUGUAUUUUGACAUGUAUUUUUUUCUUGAUUUCAAAUAAAGUAUCUAGAAAAUG